CGUGAUUGUUGUACCUACUUGUGAUUCGAUUGAAGAUUAAUUUGUUUUGAAAAACUAAAGAUAGUUUAGCUAAUCAAAUAAUUUGUUUUCCAAUAGUGAUUAUAUUUAGCGACGAUGUCUUCUAUGGAUUUUGGUUUUUGAAAAUAACCGUUGUGUUUCUGCAUUCUAAAAAGUGAAGUGACGCGAGCCAUUGUGUAAACCCAUCAACAAGUUUGUGGAUAAUUAAUACUAGUACUGCAACUUCUAAAACCAUCCUUUUCUCCUUUUUUGUGAUGUUCCCGCAUUUCAUCCGCGCGGAAGAAGAACAGAAGUCGAAUUUGAUACCGAGUGUGAACCUUUUACACUCAAAGAGAAAAGGAAUAUUCAUACACCCCACGGCUAUGUACAGAAAUAAUUUAUGGUGUAGUAUAAAUAUAAAUGCACCGAUAAUAACGAGCCUGUUGAUCGGAUAAUUUGAACAGAAUAAAAUCAGAGAAAAUGAAACUAUUGGAAAGUGGUCGUUUGGAAGCAUUAAGCAGAGCUCUGUCUAUUCUGAAUGGCGACAGUGCUGUACAAGGCCGCGUUGAAAGCUACAGCUGCAAAAUGGCUGGCAGUGAGAAAGCUUUCUAUAAGAAGUUUACUGCUGAUGGAGAAACUACUCAUAGUCUUCAAGCAUUGUCUCCCCCUGAGAGUGUUACUUAUAGCCGGAGCUUGUCUGGUGACGAAGAUGGUGUGUUAUGCGACACCAUUUCAAGGAAAACAUUGUUUUAUCUCAUUGCUACAUUGAAUGCUGCUUUUCCAGACUAUGAUUUCUCCAUGGCAAAGAGCAGUGAGUUCAGUGCUGAACCAUCAUUGAAUUGGGUGCAAAGUGCAGUUGAUGCUGCCUUAUCUGCAGUAGGUGGUGUGCGUUGGCGCCAACUGCGUCCAGUCUUGUGGGCUGCUGUUGAUGAAGAAGUGCUCCUACCAGAAUGUCGUAUCUACAGCUAUAAUCCAGACCUAGCUACUGAUCCAUUUGGUGAACCUGGAUGUCUUUGGGCUUACAACUUCUUUUUCUACAAUAAGAAGUUGAAAAGGAUUGUUUUUCUCACUUUCAGAGCUAUAAGCCCUGUUUGUGCAGCCGACUCUGGUGUUGAUUUUGCCAUGGAUGAAGAUGAAGAUUACAACUGAUAAACUCUUGUUUUUAAUCAAUGAAAGUGUUUUUCCGUUAUGGAUAAUCCAUUACUAGGUACAUAGAGUACAUAGAUUUUAUGUGAACUACUAUUAUAUACAGUUGGAAAGAAUAUUUAUUUAUGGAAAUAAAAGCAAUAGAUACUUUUUUAAUGUUUAAGACAUAAGAUUCACACAACAAUAUAGAUUAAAAUAUUUAAGUAUGUACAAUUCCUAUUUGUGAAUUCAGGAAAAGCAUAAAGUAAUUGUGUGUUUGUAGUCUUAACAUUUACUUGAUGUUCAGUAAUUACAGUAUUAUAGUAUCUUACAUUUGAUAAAAUAAUAAUUUUGAAAAUGACCAAAAUUUAAAAUAUUCUGGAAUUGAAGAAUGAAAAGAUGCAGACGAUAGAAAAAAUGAAUACCUUGGUUAUAUAAAUUUGACUUUAUUAUGUCUAAAUAAUUAUUUUAUCAUUUUGACUCUUCAUAUUGUGCACUCAGUCAAAGAGCAACCAACAAGUUAACUUUGUCUAAUAAAUUCAUAUGCAAGCGGACACAUUGGACUUACACAUAUAUUAUACACACACCUAUUACAUUAUAUUAUAAUUUAAUCAUAUGAGCGAAUGGGUUACAAUCGACCCACCCACAGAGUUGAGAGCAGUAAAAUUUAAUAAAUUUUAUAACUUUCUUCGACUUUUAUGUUAACAAGUGUAUUCCAAUUACAAUUCUGUUCAAUGAUAGUCCUUCGUGUCCUUUGUUCAUUGAAACGGAGUAAUUAAUAAUUACAUCAAUUGAACAGAUACUUUCUUAUUCGCUAAUAAAAUUAUUGGAUAAGUUGAUUACUUUCUUUAUUUUUGUUAUUUUAGAUUUAAUUAUAUAUAUUUAGGUAUUGGCAUAA